AUGUCGAUUCCUGUCUUCAAGCUGUUCAUGCGCGAUGGCGACCGUUACCUGACUGCCACUGAUGCUUUCUGUGUGGUUACGUAUGCCCACCGAGUGAUCACCACUCCUAACAUGAAAUUCAUUCCUCAACCCUUCGACAAUGAAUCCGACAUCAUUCAAGUGUGCACAGAUGGUAGAUAUUGGGCCCUGGAUCCCUUCCAGUGGCCACAGAUGUAUGACAACUUCAAUUACAAGGUUGCUAUAAUGCACAAGGAGGAUCAUGUUGUUGGGUGGGUGCAUGCGAUGCGUGCUGUCUAUGAGCGCUUCCAGCAAGCCAUGGCCUGGUGUGACAUUGUCAUAAUCGUUGCUGAAUAUCAGCACCGGUUUCUCAAUAUCUGGGCGGUUCUAGACUACUACGAAAUUAUUGAGCCCCGCAUGCGAUUCAUUGACACUACGCAUAAGGUUGACCCUAAAUGGAUGGGUUGUUUCACUGAAGAUGUCACUAUCGCCACGAAGGUGCACACUACUGGAGUUCCUGCCUGGCUUAUCCGCGAUGCCAGACUUGUCAAUUCCAACAUGAACAUCAUCAAAGUCGUUUCCUUCACACCACCUGAUGACCUCGUCAUCGGCAUGUACCACAAUCCCAUCAAACUCUUUGCUCAACCAUUCAACAUCAUCACCAGAGGUCCCAAUAAUCGCCGGCAUCACAAGGCCGCUCAUCAGCCAUAUUCCAACUUUGAGAAGUUGCUGGUUCCAAAACCCCAAGUGGAACAGCUGGUAACGAGGGAGUCAUUGGUAGGAAAGGCUUGUGUAGACAAAGGGAAGGCCAAAAUGAAUGCCAAGCCUGCACCGUACAAUGCAACUGCUCCCCAUCAGAAUAAAGUUGUUUCUGGCCGUGACAAGUGGUUUGAUAUAGAUCACCCUUUCAUGCCGCCAAUGAAUUCUUUCUUCAAGAUAGCAUUGGAGGAAGUGAAGAAAGAAUUCCUCUGCAUCAAGCAUUUCAGUUACAAAAUGGAUGAUGGUUACUCGCUUCCCGAUCCAGGGUUAUUCAUUAACAUUCUUUCCCCGCAAUCCUUGAUGAAGUACCUUGCCAACUGGCUGACGUGCCACCCAAGUUGGAUAGAACAUGUCUAUGACGAAAGGCCUCUACCCCUUCCUCGCGCCCGGAGCUGGCAUGAUUUCUUGAUAUCUCAGCACGCUCAGGAUCUUUCAAACAUGCAGACCUCCGGAAAGACCAGCAAGUCGAAAGCAGCGACUGCUUUACUUUUCCAAAAGGAAGUUCCGGUACUGCAGGCCUUGUGGGCAGCACUCACAAAUGUUCACUGGCAUGGAAAGGACAUAGCCAUUUCCAUGCUCGACAAUCCCCCCGCAGAUUAUGAACUUCUCAACCUGGAUGAACAUCUUGGGCACGAAGCACGUAAGGACAAGGAGGCGAGGAAGGAAAGGAUGGAGCUUCUUCAUAGCAUUUUCCUGUCAAAGUUGUUGAAAGUUUGGAACAGGGAUUUACCACAAGAGAACGACGGACUCAAUGCACCAUCUUUCACCGCCGCUUUACCAUAUUUCAAAAGUUUCCGCAAGGUGUCGUCAAUGUGGGAGCACUUUCCCGAGUCCCUCAAACAACCUUUUGAUGCUACCGGACGUGAGCACAAUAUAUGGAUGGGGAUGAAGGAAUGCUGUCUGUUCUAUGUUCAGUCUUAUUUCGACAAUACUGGCCGUCCACCUAUCAUUCCUCACUUACUGUAUUCGGUCGCCUAG